GUAGCUGAAGCCUACAUAACCUUGUGAAAAUUAUGUCCGACCGGUGAAAAGCCCGCGUUCUUACAGCAUUUGUCUUUGAUCUCAGGUGAGGACUCUUUCUAUGUCUUAUUUUGAAGAGCCAAAGCGGAAACUCCCAUCCCCGCUGUGUUCCGCUCCUCCGCUGCGCGCCCACACCCAGCUGCUGCUCCGCACUGCAGCCGCAGCAGGACGCCGUGUUCGCCUCGCCGCCGCGGUUCUGCGGCCUCAGCAUCCUCAGCUGCCCGGGCCGACCUCUCGGCUCCUUCACCCAGCAGCCUCGGGGGACUUUUCCCGCGUCCUUCCUGCAGCCUUUCGCGGAGGCGCCUGCGCUCUGGAGCCUCUGGCGUUGUUUGAGCUCGGUCUGAUUUGCAGAGCAUCAUCUGACUGGUACCAUGAGCAGCACUGUUUUUCAGCAGCAGGCCAUCCACGGCCUUCCGGAGCAGCAGAAGCAGAAACUGAAGCAGGGAGGAGGCGCAGGAGGAGGACCUAUCCCCUGUCAGAACUGCAGAAAGCCCUGCAAAGGGGAGGCUCUGCGAGUUCAGAACAAACACUUCCACAUCAAGUGCUUUGUCUGCAAAGUGUGUGGUGGGGAGCUGGCUCAGGGAGGCUUCUUUGUGCGGCAGGGUGAAUAUAUCUGCACUCUGGACUACCAGCGGCUGUAUGGAACCCGCUGCUUCAGCUGUCAAGACUUUAUCGAGGGCGAAGUGGUGUCGGCGCUUGGGAAGACCUACCACCCUCGCUGCUUCGUCUGCUCCUCGUGCAAACAACCAUUUCCGGCUGGAGACCGAGUGACAUUCAAUGGAAAGGAGUGUAUCUGUCAGAAGUGUACCCAGCCUCUGCCUGCAAACAGCCCUGCCCCCAUACAGGCUGUCCACAACUGCUGCGGCUGCGGGAAGGAGUUUAAGAACGAGCAGUCUCUCGUGGCUCUGGACAAGCACUGGCACCUGGGUUGUUUCAAGUGUAAGGUGUGCAACAAGGUGCUCAAUGCAGAGUACAUCAGCAAAGAUGGAAUCCCAUACUGUGAGACAGAUUACCACGCCAUGUUUGGCAUCAAGUGUGAGAGCUGUAAGAAGUACAUCACUGGCAAAGUCUUGGAGGCUGGAGAAAAGCAUUACCACCCCACAUGUGCUCGCUGUGCACGGUGUGAACAGAUGUUUGCAGAGGGUGAAGAAAUGUAUCUGCAAGGAUCUUCUAUCUGGCAUCCUCCAUGCAGACAAGCAGCUAAACAGGAGGAGAAGAGUAAGAAGCAGGUCCGGAUACAGCUCACUGACGUCCCUGAGCAUGAGAUGGCAAGAACUUCUUCAGAGAGCAUCACUUCAGUCCCAGCCUCCAGCGCCUCAGGCUCUCCCAGUAAAGUCAUCUAUGCCAAACUAGGAGAGGAGUUGCUAGACUACAAGGACUUGGCAGCUCUUCCAAAGACCAAGGCCAUCUACAACAUUGACAGGCCUGACAUGUUGUCCUACUCUCCGUACGUCAGCUACCCAUCUGAAGAAAGGCACUAUGGAGAGGGUGAUGGAGAAAAAUCCCCCCGUCAGCGAAGACCUUCCAGCCCCAGCUCCAACAGCUCCCUGGGGGGCUACGGCCGAAGCACCCCCUCCCGCUCCCCCCAAAACUACAGUCGUGCAGGCCCAGAAGUAUACAACGUCCACGCCCGCAACUACAGUGCUUCACCCCCAGCCUUCAGAGCUGGAAAUAAACAGCCUUCCAACUGGGCUAAGGAACCUGUGUCCCUCACUGUUCAUGGAGCUGAAGGAAGUGAUGGUGGCUGUGUUGGCACAUGCUCACCCAUACCACUAGGUGGCAGUACUGGCUUAUCUUUACAAUUAAAUCCCACCACACUGGCCAUGCUGCAGCAGCACAACUACAUCCCUUACUUCAGAGGGCUCACACAGGACCCCCUACCUGAUCCUAAACCUAGGACAUCCCUACAUCUCAAUUUACCUCCUCCCAAUGUUUGUUGGAUCGUGGGCAGUGAAAGUGGUCGGAGUACUCCCAGUUUGUCCACUUACUCUGAUGGAAAAUCUCCUUCAUCAACUUCCACGUAUGUGGCUGCUCCUCGCCAUUUUCACAUACCAGAAACAAUGGUCAAAGAUAAUAUCUAUAGAAAACCCCCCAUCUACAAACAGCAUGCUUCUAGAACAUCCUGGCAGGAUGGUGAGGAUGGCAAGAGGACUAGUUGGAUGAUCUUGAAGGGUGAGACUGAUGGUUCGACGGGUCAUGAUGACCCUGACUCAUGCAAAUCCACCUGCAGUCUCCCAAAUGACAUAUCCCAGCCCAACUUUUCCCACAACAAGUCAGCAUCUUUGCCGGGUUAUGGAAGGAACGGCAUCUACAAGGCUGCUGAUAUGGUGGAGGAUAAUGUGGACUCCCAGAGCUGGGGAGGAAUGAGAGAGUACAAGGUCUACCCCUAUGAAGUGCUGGCAGUGACACAUAAAGUGAAAGUGAAGCUUCCCAGAGACGUAGAUCGCACCAGACUGGAGAGACACCUCUCGCCUGAAGACUUCCAGCAGGUGUUCGGCAUGACUCUGGAGCAGUUCGACCGUCUAGCUCUCUGGAAGAAGAAUGACUUAAAAAAGGCGGCACGCCUUUUCUAGACAGAAGUGGAAAAUAUUUGAAGAACAUUUCAACAAUAUUCAGAAAGGAAGCAGAAAUGAACCCACCAGAACCCAGUAAAUGUGCUGUCCUGACCCCCCACCAUCACGCUGUGAGGCUGAUGUCUGAGGAUGUUCCCAUGACUGUGGGGCAGAAUCCACGGCUUUUUAUUUGCAGUGUGGUCUUAAUAUAUAACUGACAGCCUUGCAGAAGAGGACAAAGAGCUGCGCUUGCAUGGCCUGUCUAUGCUCCUCCCACAGGUAUCUGCAUCCACCCCCACAUUGGAGAACUACUUUUUUAAUUCUUGCACAGGCCUUCUCUAGGCCUCUGUAAUGCUCUUCAUCUGCCUGUCUUUCUGUCGUGCACCUGUUUCCUUUUCACAAGAAGUCAUUUUUUGAAACAUAUCAUCAGCUUUUACAUGACUUUUAUUUAUUCUAGACCAGUGAAGGCUAAAGACUUGCAACUCUUCUAACAUGUCAAGGCCAAAGACAGGUGGAGAAGCACCUAAUCACCACAUCUGAUUUCCCUCCAUUUCAAUGUAUCUCUUUUAUGUGGAACCGUCAGAAGGUGAAAUACAUCUCCAGCAGGGUGGAGUCUCAGUUAGAUCAAAGUGUGAAGACAGAAAGAGGAUAAGCAGCGUCACAAACAGCAACGUGACACAAGCUGACAUCUAGCAGCAUAAUCCAAUCUUUUUCAUGGGGUAUUUUGACUCUAUAGAGAUUGAUUGGUGCAAGUGAGGCAUAACCUGUUCCAUAAAUUUGAUCUGUUCAGCCUGUCACAAAUGCAAAACCUUAGUCAUGCGUCUUUAAAGGUUCAUAUCAAUGUGUUGAAAUACUUUAUUUCUGGACAAUUUACCAACUGGUGUUGUGUCCUCUGAUGACUCGCAAAACAAUGUCAGAGCUAUUCUAAACAUUUUAACUGACUAAAGUUGUCAGAAAAAAAGCUGAAUUUUCAUGAACAACCUAGCUGAUUGUUAACAGAUCAACAUGUAUUCUGUAUUUAUGUUAACAUUUUCUUCCUAUGUUCCUGAAUAACUGUUUUUAUACAGUCCAUGCUAUAUAACUCUGUAAUGCAUGAAGUUGGGACACUGAUCUCAUGUCGGAGAUGUUUGAAAGUCUCAUCAUAACCUGAGUGAUGGAGGACGGAGUUGGCUUCUUAUUUUUGCUUGUAUUUUGUAUUUAUUGCAAUAUUGAGGACAGGUGAGGGUAUUGUGAAAAAGAGCAUCACAGCGCCUCAGAAGAAAUGCUUGAAGUAAUGCAGAAAUGGUUGUCCUCUUUCUAACACUCAUCUGCUCAUCUGAUAUUAAAAAGCUUUAUGAGAGAGAUGA